GUAAUAAAUUAAAGCUGACCCCCUGGGGCUAUAUACCCAAUGAAAUCUUCUCUAUCUCCACUUUCUCUCUCUAAGCUUGGCAAGUGCGUGGUUGGAAGCGGCAUCAGAAGAAGCUGGAAUCAUGAUCAUUUAGACAGAUCCCUUCUUCCCAAUUUCUUCAUCUUUUAAACAGGUGUGGAAAUUCUGUGUAAGCUAUGGCUCUUGAUGGCAUAGUAUCCUCUCCACAUCGAAGGUCACAAAAUGCACAGAACGCAUUUUCAUCGUCAUCAUCACCAUCACCAACGAAGAAGCAGUACUUAAAAGAGGAAUUUGGAAGCUGCUCGGUACUCCUCGAGCGGCAUCGGUUCCUCCUCACAGCUCUUGCUCUUCUGGCAUUUCUUUGCACGAUUUAUCUCUACUUUGCGGUCACUUUAGGAGCUGGCGAAUCAUGUUCUGGUUUGACGGGGACUCAGAAAGCAUUGUGUCACGUGGAGCAGGCAAAAGCAACCAUAGCCAAAGGAAAAUUAAAAUUCUUUUAGUUUGUAUGUAGAUGACAACCCUAAAGAUGGUGGUGGUGGUGAUUUUCUUUCCACUAGGGUUUGAAAGUGAAUUAAUGAAUUGUUUGUUACUCAUAGGUGUUUGAAGAACCUUUCUGGAGGUGGGUCAUUGGUUUCAAAUAAUGUAUACAUUAAUUGCAGUGAAAUUUUGUUUAGAGAAUUUGUGUAGCAACCUUAAACAAUUUGUCCUACUUGUGAGGAGGGGAAAAAAAAGAAGCAAAAUUGUUGUUUGUAAGGAAUCUUUAUAUUUAAGGUCCAUUUUUUGUGGUGAUGAAUGUAUUAUUACAUGA